GUUCAUCUUUCACUGCGUCAUACGAAUCAAAUUUUAAAUUCUCAUAUUGGAUGGUACAUUAACAUUAAGUCUAAUUUCAUUACUAGACUUCUUCUCCUGCAACUUUUGAUUGCUAUCUAAUGUCAGAGCCAAGUCCAUUCAAUCCUCUAUAAAAUGGCACUUUUAAAAUUCACCAGAUUCCAUUUUCUCUACAAAUCGGCCAAACCAAACAACCCUUGUAAUCCUCUCCUCCUGUUAUCUUCCACACACGGACACUUCCCACCAUCUUCAAAACACAUUUGCUCCAAAACCCACAAUUUCGGUCUCCAUUAUUCUAUUCCUCCAGACCAUACUAUAAUCAGGGAUGGACUCAUCUCCAUCUUCACUAGUAGGGACUUUUCUCCAGAAAGCCAAGAACUCGAAGACUUCGGAUCAAAACUCACUACUGAAAUUGUUGAAGAUGUGUUGAAAGGAUUCAAGAAUUGGAAAUUGGCUCAGAUGUUCUUCAGCUGGGCAUCAAAUCAAUAUGGGUAUAGGCACAAUUGCUAUACUUUUAAUGUUAUGGCUUCCAUCCUAUCACGUGUUGGACAAAAUGUCCCACUCAGAAUACUAGCGACGGAUUUGGUGAAUUCUCGGUGUUGGAUGACAGCGGGGGCUUUGGGGUUCUUCGUAAGGUGUUUGGGUAGUCAAGGUUUGGUUGAUGAAGCCAAUUGGCUUUUUGAUCAGGUAAAAAAGAUGGGUCUUUGCAUUCCGAAUAGCUAUAGUUAUAACUGUUUGUUGGAAGCUAUUUCCAAGUCUAAUUCAGUUGAUUUAAUUGAGGACAGAGUGAAAGAAAUGUGUGAUGUGGGGUUGCAAUUGGAUAAGUACGCGUUGACACCACUCUUGAAGUGUUACUGCAAUGCCGGGAAGUUUGAAAAGGCUUUGGAUGUGUUUAAUCGAAUGUAUGCCAAGGAUUGGGUUGAUGGGCAUGUACUGGCGAUCUUGGUGCUCGCUUUUAGCAAGUGGGGAGAGGUGGAUAAGGCUUUUGAAUUGAUUGAAAGGAUGGAAGAACUUAAGAUUAACUUGAACGAGAAGACCUUUUGUGUAUUGAUUCAUGGCUUUGUGAGAGAGUCUAGAGUGGAUAAGGCUCUGCAACUCUUAAAUAAAAUGCAUAAAUUGGGUUUUGCUCCUGACAUUUCAGUUUAUGAUGUAUUAAUUGGAGGCCUAUGCAAGAAUAAGGAUAUGGAAGAAGCAUUGCACUUGUACACCGAGAUGAAAAGGAUGGGCAUUUGUCCUGAUGUUAAAAUUCUUACAGUGAUUAUGUCAUGUUUGUCUGGAGAGAAAGAAAUGAUGCAACUACUUGAGAAAGGGCAGGAGGAUCUGGAUUCGGAGGCUAUGGUUGUGCUAUAUAAGUCUGCUCUGAGAGGUCUAGUUAACUGUGGUUCAACUGAUAAGGCUUAUCAUCUACUAUGGGCAAGAAUGGGGGAUAGUUCUGAUGGUGAUGUUGAGGUGGAAAGACUACUCAUGGUUAAGCAAUUUGUUCACCCGGAUACCACUUCUUUUGAAAUAGUUAUUGAUGGUUUGUGUCAGACUGAUAAGUUGGACGAGGCUCUAGGGCUUUUUCUAGAAAUGGAUCGAAUUGGUUGUAAACGUAGUGUAUUACUUUAUAAUAAUUUGAUUGAUUGUUUGAGCAAUUCCAAUAGAUUGGAGGAAUGUUUUGAGCUUCUGAGUGAGAUGAAGAAAUCGGGAUUUGAACCAACACAGUUUACCCACAAUUCCAUAUUUGGGUGCUUAUGUAGAAGAGAGGACACCGCAGGAGCCCUUGACAUAAUAAGACUGAUGCGUGCUCAUGGGCAUGAGCCAUGGAUAAAAUAUUCUACACUGCUUGUCAAGAAACUGUGCAACCAUGGGAAGGCAGUUGAGGCUCGUGGCUUUCUUGCUGACAUUGUUCAAGAAGGUUUCCUCCCUGAUAUAAUUGCUUAUUCUGCAGUUGUUGAUGGUUUUCUCAAGGUUAAAGAAGUGGACCAAGCACUUGAGUUAUUCAGAGAAAUUUGUGCUCGUGGCUAUGGUCCUGAUGUGGUUGCAUAUAACAUUGUAAUAAAUGGGUUGUGCAAGGCCAAAAGAGUAUCGGAAGCCCAGGAUAUUCUGAAUGAGAUGCUGGAGAAGGGGCUUGUUCCAUCAGUUGUUACGUACAACUCACUCAUUGACGGAUUGUGUAAAAAUGGUGAUAUUGAUCAAGCCAUUCUUUGCUAUUCAAGAAUGGUUGGAAAAGAACAGGAGCCUAAUGUUAUUACUUACACAACUUUAGUAGAUGCAUUUUGCAAUGCUGGAAGACCAAAUGAUGCUCUCAGCCUUUGGAACAAUAUGAGGAGAAGGGUGUGUUCUCCAAACAGAAUUGCUUUUAUGGCUCUAAUUCAUGGGCUUUGCAAGUGUGGGAGGCCACAUGAUGCUCUGCUGCAUUUGCAGGAGAUGGAAGAAAAGCAGGUAACACCCGACCCUUUCAUCUAUGUUGGGCUCAUAGAUGCUUUUAUAUUCAUCUCAGACCCCACUUUGGCUUUUGACGUAUUAAAAAAGAUGGUUCACAAUGGAAAUUUUCCUAAUGCAAGUGAUAAGAACCAUUUAUUGUUAAAAGAGGCUAUAUUAAGACUGUCGGAGGAUGCCAGGACUUCAUCAACGGUUAAAUAUCUAAUGGAACAGGGCAGCAUUCCAAGACAUCUUAGUAAUUCAGAUGUUGAAAUGAAGGUCAGCUUGCGCCCGUCUCUUAAUCACGAGGUUUGAUGUCUCCCAACCUCAGUUAGAUCAUUGGUUCGAGUUCAAGAGGAAUUAGGAUGUUUUUGGUUGGAAGAUUGUGGAGCAAGAAUUGGAAGUAUUAUGCAGGGCUGCCAACUUUAGGUGUUACUAUGGAAUCUGGGUCCUUUCCUCUUGCUUUAUCACCGUAUUGUCUAUUACCUUGCGAGGACCUAUCAACAUGGAAGACAAUUGGGAUGGGUGAACAGAGAAAUGGCUUGUACAUCUUUCUGCAAAAACAAAACAAGCAGUUUUCUUCCUCUGUUUCAUCAGUUCACCACCAAGCAGAAGUGUCUUACAACUUAUGGCAUUUUAGACUUGGUCAUUUGUCUUCACGAAGACUAGAACUAUUGCAUAACGAUUUUUCUGAUAUUACUACUUCUCAAGAUAGUCCUUGUAGUAUAUGUCACUAUGCAAAACAGAAUAGAAAUUCAUUCCCUGCUAGUAGUACUAUUUCAGUUGUUCCUUUUGAACUCAUACAUUGUGAUAUUUGGGGUCC